AUGGAGGCAGCUAGCGACGAAAAGGAGCAAAAAGGAGAUGAGAAGGAGGUAAAUGAUGGAGUAGAAUCGGUAAAAGAUGAGGAAAAUGAGGCCAAAAACGACAAAACGGCAGAAUCUGCCGAAAAACCGGAAGAAAAGGACGAGAUUCUCAGUUUAUUCUUUUCAGAAAUCGAAUCCAUAGGCAAGGUUCAGUCGGACGACACCAAUAUCAAAUUCAAUGCCAAGGAAUUGUGUCUGCGUCUGACCUCCAGGACCUUUUCCAGCCCAUUUCAGGUUCUUCAGCUCAAACAUGACGCCACUGAAGAAGAGAUUAAGCAACGUUAUCGCAAGAUGUCUCUCUUGAUCCAUCCAGACAAGUUCAAACACGAAAACGCUCGCCAGGCAUUUCAGGUCCUGACGGAUGCGUACAAUGAGAUUCAAAAGGAAGAUACUCGUGAUAAAUACAAGGCAGUUUACGGCCAUGCAAAGGCUGUGGUAUACAAGAGGCACAAACUAAAGUUGAAUUCAACUCACCUAGACUUAAUUGCCUCUGGACUACUCGAUUCUGAUUUGCAAAAGAUCGACCAUGAGAUCCAAGCGGAAUGUGAAAAGAUGCUCAAAAGACAAACUGAAAGAAGAGAAUAUGCAGAAAAAUGUAUACAGGCAAAUAUAGACUUUGAGAAACAGAUGGCCGCCGAGCAAAUCGAACUCGAAAAGCAAAAGCUAAAUGAACAAGUAGAAUGGGAUAAAACUAGAGAUUUAAGAGUGAACAGCUGGAGAAGUUUCCAGUCAAAAGUGGACUCAAAAGAGUUUAAAUUGGGUGCAUUCAAGGGCAUUGAAACGAAACGUGAAGCUAGAAAUGAACUAGACCUAGAGUCCCAAAAAAACUCAAUCGCAGCCUCUAAAACAUCAAGGCAAAAUAAAAAGAAAAAGAUACUGGAGGAGCACGUUGCAUACAGGAGCAAUUGGAGAUGA